UGACCUAUAACCUAAAACAGCAGAGCUUCAGUCGUCUCAGCGAAGGAAGGCCGCUUGCCACUGACUGACAGGAUUUGCUGGCUUCCAGCGACUUGUACUUUGUGAAACUUUGACUUUUCCGCCGUGUCUAAACGACGGCAUGGAGGCGCUUCUUCUAGCGUAUGCAAACGCGGCCUCUGACGUGUGCAAUCACGUGGCUUUUGGCGUCGCACCCCCUGCGCUCGCGCAUUUUUUUCGGCUGUUGUCUAUAGGGUUCGGUUAGAAUCUUUACGUUUUCACAGCUCCUGUAUUUGCACAUCACUCGGAAAAGUAACACACUUUUGGAUCUAUGCUGUCGCCUCGCGGCUUGCCCUACGCCGUGAACAGGUCAACUGCCUUAAAAACAAAUAAGGGGUGCCAGUACUUUUUAUGUGCUUCUGGUUGGUUCUGCUGGAGUGAGUUGAAGUUGAGAUACGAGAGGACUGUGGCUCAUGCAUAUUUCAUCACUCUCCACUGUACUGAGACACUGAGAUUGUGUGGCCUGCGAUGAAGUCUCAUGAAGUCAUCCAUUGCAGCUGACAUUAAUGGUCAGCAGAAAUAUUCUCUAGUAAGUUCCCAGACAGAGAUCCAUUCAGCUUUCACUAACAGUCCCUCAUCAAGGUUGCACUGUCACAGUUCCACAAUAGGUCAUGGCCAGUCGAAGAAAGUCUACCACCCCUUGUAUGAUUCGGCCAAAUGACUUGUUGGACCAGGAUAUAGAUGACUGUGUGGACAGUACAGUAGCGAAUGGAUCCUCAUGUGUUCCUGCUAGUGACUGGACUGACAAGAGGAAUGUUGUAAGCACUAUACCAGAGAUAAAUGAUCCAGAAAAGCCUGAGGCAGAAAUUCGCCAACAGAAGAAGGUGCAGGGAGGCUAUGAGUGCAAAUAUUGUACCUUCUCCACACAGAACCUUAAUGAAUUCAAAGAGCAUGUGGAUUCCAACCAUCCUAAUGUCAUUCUCAAUCCUCUGUAUCUAUGUGCUGUCUGCAACUUUAACACAAAAAAGUUUGACACCUUGACUGAACACAAUGAGAAAUUCCAUCCUGGAGAGAGUAAUUUCAAGUUCAAGAGGAUAAAACUGAACAGUCAGACCAUCUUGGAGCAGACAAUUGAAAGUUCAAACUGUGCAGCCAUUUAUGAUGCACGGAGUCCUCAGUCAGGAGAGGACCUUUCCCCUUCAAGCAAAUCCAUGGCUGUGAAGAAACCAAAAACUGAUGGGAAGCGCCCUCUGGGAGACAGUCAAAUAGACAAGCUCACCCCAGAAUUAUCCAAAAAACAGAUCACUGCAGUGAAUGUGAAUGGAACAGUGAUAAUCCCAGAUGCAACACUCAAAGAGGGUCUCUCGCACAUAAUGCCAUCCCUGCAGCGUCCACCUAACUACAGUUUAGUGCCAAAAAUUGCUGUUCCUUUAAACACAUCGAAAUACAAUGCGUCCCUUGAUGGAAACCUGACUCUAAUUACUUCCUUUAAUAAGUUUCCAUAUCCUACACAAGCUGAGCUCUCAUGGCUCACUGCAGCAUCAAAGCACCCAGAAGAACAAAUCAAAGUAUGGUUCACAACCCAAAGGCUAAAACAAGGCAUCAGCUGGUCACCAGAGGAGGUUGAGGAAGCACGUAAGAAAAUGUUCAAUGGAACAAUUCAGUCUGUUCAACAAGCAUUCACUGUCUUACCUGCCCAGCUGACCCAAUCCACAAAAGCCUCCCAAUCCCUUAUUCAGACUGUCCCUUGCCAAGUUCUUGGACAGUCUGGCUUGGUGUUGACACCAGUGGCCAAUGGGUCCAAUGCAACUUCUGGUCCCCUUGCACUAACGGUUUCAAAUCAAUCAGCACAGGCUGUUAAGAGGCCCCUCAUGUCCCCUGUUGCUUCUCCAGAGGUGAAGAGGCCUUCAAUAAUACAAACAGUUCAGACUAAUAAAUCUGCCUCUCCUACACCCAGUCUUUCUUCAGACUGCAAAAAAACUCCAGGUCAGAUUAAAGAGCUGAUAGCCAGCUAUACUCAGUGCCAGUUUCCUGAUGAUGAAGAAGUGUAUCGUCUUAUUGAGAUGACUGGCCUUUCCUGGGGAGAGAUUAAAAAGUGGUUCAGUGAUCAGCGUCUUGGAAACCAUAAGACUGUACUGCCAUUAAAGGCUGACCUUCCAAUGAAGGAAAACCAGCCUCAGAAACCUGUGGCCACUAAGUUUCCCCUUCUGGAAUGGGUUAAGGGAAAAUCCUCAGAGCAAAUGAAAAUGUUAGAGGAGUGUUUCCAGAGGACAAGCUUUCCGUCACAGGCUGAGAUUGAAAACCUUGCGAUUGACACUAGAAUUUCCAAAACGGAGAUUGAUGGCUGGUUCACGGAGCGUCGUGCUUUACGAGAUAACCUUGAACAAGCUUUUCUCAACUCCAUGGGCUUUAAAAGAUUGGACAGAGGAGCUCUGAAUGGGAUACAUGAGCAGGAAGGUCGGUCAAGGUCCUCUCCCCUUCCUCUUCUAACUUCUGUUUGCCCUGAAAUUGACAGCAAGUCUCUUUACCUUCUAAAAGAGGUUUUCUCACAAACACAGUGGCCAUCACCAGAGGAGUACAGUGAACUGGAACUCCAGACAGGACUGCCUCGCACAGAAAUUGUACGCUGGUUUAAGAAUAACCGAUCUGCUCUAAGAAAUGGAACCUUGGAAUGGAUGGAGCAGUUUGAGAAUCUGAGCAACAAAAAACACAAUGGGCAGAACAGCUUGCUGAGCCCAGAACCAGCCCACAGUGUUCUACAGCGAAAUUUCCCAGAGGCAAAGCUACUAAAACUAGAGGAUGAUGACAAGCUGGCAGAGCGUUCAAAACUGGUCAGUCAGGACAUAGUCAAUUGGGUUACCAGUAAGCUAGGUCACAACAUGCAGGACAUUAGCAGGAGCAAGGACCAACAUGGACUGGUGACUAUGGACAGUGGGAGAUGGGUUAAAGUUUCCGUGGCAGCUGAGAAUGAAAGAAAAGACUCUGAGGCACGGAGAGUGACCACCGAACUUGAGGUUCUGACCACAGAACACACAGUGACAGGAUGAACUAAGAAAGGACAGAGACUAGUCUGCUAUGACUAACCCUGAAGUGGGAAGGAAAAUAAUUGCGUUGACAUACUUGGAACCAAUGAUCUCAUGCCUGGACUCUGAUCUCAUCAGAGGAAUAAAAGGACUAUGAGUGUGUGUUAGCACUGACCAUGGAGUGCCAAAGUCAGACUGCUAUGCUACUAUUACUACUUAGGUGUUUGAGGAUUUUUGUUUGUUUGUUAUUUUAUAGCAGAAGAGCCCAUGUAAAUAUGUUUUUGACAGAUUUGUAAAAAUUUUCUGAGGAUGAGUUUUGUUACAUUUAUAAUACUGUAGAUGUCCCCAAGCCAUUUUGCUUAACGCUCCUGAUGGAACGUUUGGCCUUCUUGUGAAAGGACGGUAAACUGAUUGACCUGCUGAUAAGUUUGGUCACUAUGGCACUUAAUAUUUGAAGUGGACAAAGACAAGCGGUGCUCUUUUGAUCUCAUUCCUCAAACAAAGUGAAAGUACGGACUUUUCUUUGGACCAUAGAAGCAUUGCCUGCACAUGAUGGAUAUAAUCCAAACUGAAAUCAAUGCAGUGAGGCACAAAUCAUGUUUAUUUGUAGUUCAUCUUUGCAAUAUUACUCUCACAGAAGAAUUGCAUUUUUUCGCAUUUAAGGUAUAGUUCCAUUUCACUGUCUCAGCUGUGGUCUGCUUUAAGAUAGCUCAGUGUAUCUCGUCCCCUCCUGCCACUCUGCUCAUCAUGUUCAGACAUGUAUCAGGAAUACUGUAUGGGUAUCAAGAAUCAUGCUUGCUCUUUCUUUAAAACAGUCUGCUGUAACUCAAUAAAACAAACGAUUGAAAUGAA